AUGACAAAUGAGUACAGAAUAGUCACCAACACCCAAUUACCUCUCAAGGUCAGUACUGGGCUUUACAGAGCUACAGCAAGUCAGUCUAAUGAUGAGGAGCAAAGAAACAAAAUAGCAACUACUGUCAGCGCAACCUCUCAUCAAGGAACAAAGACAGCAACUACUGUCAGUGCAGCCGCUAACCAAGGAACAAAGACAGCAACUACUGUCAGUGCAGCCGCUAACCAAGGAACAAAGACAGCAACUACUGUCAGUGCAGCCACUAACCAAGGAACAAAGACAGCAACUACUGUCAGUGCAACCUCUCAUCAAGGAACAAAGACAACAACUACUGUCAGUGCAGCCGCUAACCAAGGAACAAAGACAGCAACUACUGUCAGUGCAACCUCUAAUCAAGUAACAAAGACAGCAACUACUGUCAGUGCAGCCGCUAACCAAGGAACAAAGACAGCAACUACUGUCAGUGCAGCCGCUAACCAAGGAACAAAGACAGCAACUACUGUCAGUGCAACCGCUAACCAAGGAACAAAGACAGCAACUACUGUCAGUGCAGCCGCUAACCAGGGAACAAAGACAGAAACUACUGUCAGUGCAACCUCUAAUCAAGGAACAAAGACAGCAACUACUGUCAGUGCAGCCGCUAACCAAGGAACAAAGACAGCAACUACUGUCAGUGCAACCUCUUACCAAGGAACAAAGACAGCAACUACUGUCAGUGCAACCGCUAACCAAGGAACAAAGACAGCAACUACUGUCAGUGCAGCCGCUAACCAAGGAACAAAGACAGCAACUACUGUCAGUGCAACCUCUAAUCAAGGAACAAAGACAGCAACUACUGUCAGUGCAACCUCUUACCAAGGAACAAAGACAGCAACUACUGUCAGUGCAACCUCUAACCAAGGAACAAAGACAGAAACUACUGUCAGUGAAACCUCUAACCAAGGUACAAAGACAGCAACUACUGUCAGUGCAACCUCUUACCAAGUAACAAAGACAGCAACUACUGUCAGUGCAACCUCUAACCAAGGAACAAAGACAGCAACUACUGUCAGUGCAACCGCUAACCAAGGAACAAAGACAGAAACUACUGUCAGUGCAACCUCUAACCAAGGAACAAAGACAGCAACUACUGUCAGUGCAGCCGCUAACCAAGGAACAAAGACAGCAACUACUGUCAGUGCAACCUCUAACCAAGGAACAAAGACAGCAACUACUGUCAGUGCAACCUCUAACCAAGGAACAAAGACAGCAACUACUGUCAGUGCAGCCGCUAACCAAGGAACAAAGACAGCAACUACUGUCAGUUCAACCUCUAACCAAGGAACAAAGACAGCAACUACUGUCAGUGCAACCGCUAACCAAGGAACAAAGACAGAAACUACUGAACAAAGACAGCAACUACUGUCAGUGCAACCUCUAACCAAGGAACAAAGACAGCAACUACUGUCAGUGCAACCUCUAACCAAGGAACAAAGACAGCAACUACUGUCAGUGCAGCCUCUAACCAAGGAACAAAGACAGCAACUACUGUCAGUUAAACCUCUAACCAAGGAACAAAGACAGCAACUACUGUCAGUGCAACCGCUAACCAAGGAACAAAGACAGAAACUACUGUCAUUGCAACCUCUAACCAAGGAACAAAGACAGCAACUACUGUCAGAGCAACCUCUAACCAAGGAACAAAGACAGCAACUACUGUCAGUGCAACCUCUAACCAAGGAACAAAGACAGCAACUACCGUCAGAGCAACCUCUAACCAAGGAACAAAGACAGCAACUACUGUCAGUGCAACCUCUAACCAAGGAACAAAGACAGCAACUACUGUCAGAGCAACCUCUAACCAAGGAACAAAGACAGCAACUACUGUCAGUGCAACCUCUAACCAAGGAACAAAGACAGCAACUACUGUCAGAGCAACCUCUAACCAAGGAACAAAGACAGCAACUACUGUCAGUGCAGCCUCUAACCAAGGAACAAAGACAGCAACUACUGUCAGAGCAACCUCUAACCAAGGAACAAAGACAGAAACUACUGUCAGUGCGGCCUCUAACCAAGGAACAAAGACAGCAACUACUGUCAGUGCAGCCUCUAACCAAGGAACAAAGACAGCAACUACUGUCAGUGCAGCCUCUAACCAAGGAACAAAGACAGCAACUACUGUCAGUGCAAGUGUGCAACCCCUAA